AUGGAUUCCCCGAAUCUCAAGAUGCUGAUUGUGCUUCUCCCCAAGCUACCUCUCGUCGUAAGGGAGACUAUCACGCACAUCCUAGGCCUUUCAGAACCAUCAAAAUACUUGGACCUGCACUCGGCCCUUGUCAUAUCCGUACUCCGUUCCAUGAUAGAGCCAUCGGCCUCCAGGCCACAAUCAAUCUCCUCAGUUCAAAAGCUCACGCUCAAAGACCCAGGUGUCAAAGGCAGGUUAUGGGUCAGCACAUAUGCAUCUCCGCCUCCGCCAGAGACAAGUAUUAGAGACGAGCUCAUGCAGGCUUUGGGGGAUAUGAAGGGCAGUCGUCUCGAAGGUGCUCAGAUAACCCCUCCGGGACUAAUCAGUGUCGAGGCUGAGUGGACUGGAUAUCGGCCGGCGGCGUCUCCAAAGGAGCCCCUUCCCAGUGUCUCGAAUAAGGAGUUAUACAGCAAAAUGAUGGAAGACUGCAGCCAACCGACAACUAUCCUGUAUCUACAUGGCGGCGCCUUCUAUGUUUGCGACCCAAUAACUCAUCGUCCUGUAACAUCAAAGCUGGCAAAACUGACAGGGGGACGAUGUUAUUCGGUGCGGUAUCGCCUUUCGCCACAGCAUCCCUUUCCAGCUGCCUUAUUAGACGCCUUACUCUCAUAUAUGACUUUAUUAUAUCCACCCCCGGAUGCCUAUCACGAGCCCGUGAAACCCCAGCAUCUUGCCAUUGCAGGAGACAGCGCCGGGGGAAAUCUGUCACUGGCCCUAUUACAACUCUUACUCCAGCUUCGAAGAAGAAAUGCGACCAUACUAUGGCACGGAGAACGUCGGGAAAUACCCCUCCCUGCUGCCGUGGGCUGCAACUCGCCCUGGCUAGACAUAACCCAGAGCUUUCCCUCAUGGGAAGGCGAUGGGUGCGCCCCCUUUGACUAUCUCCCCAAGCCAGCGACGGUAGAAAAGGCCGGCGUGAAAGACUGCGCGGUGUGGCCUGCCAGCCCGCCUCGGAAGUACCUUUACGUCGACGACGAACUCGUUACACACCCUCUCGCGACCGUGCUGAUGAGCAAAAGCUGGGAGGGGGCUCCGCCAGUCUACAUAUGCACGGGGUGGGAGAUACUCGGGCCCGAGGACAAGUUCUUCGCUAAGAAGCUGGCCGCCGACGGGGUCCCGGUGGUAUUGGAGGAAUACGAGGCCAUGCCGCACUGCUUCGCCGCGAUCCUGACCAAGACGCCAGGUGCGAGGCGGUGUUUCGAUGGGUGGGCUGGGUUCAUCCGAGCGGCGGUAUCGAAUCCAGAAAGUGCCCCCGAAUCAAGGGCUGUGGUAAUCGAAGCCAAAACUCUAAAGGAGACGCGUGUUGAGUUCGAGAGUCUGAGCACUGUUAGCGAGGAGGAAAUUCAAGCUCGGAUACUCGCCAAGGCUGGUCUCACACCACUUGCAUCCCAAGCUUUACCGAAGCUUUGA